UUUUUCAAUCGAGAAGUGUCGCUUAAAUCAGAAUGCCGCCUUAUUCUCUUUCUUUCAAUUCCUCUAGCUAUAGCCAAUUAUUUAAUUGUUUAUCAGAAUGUUCCGUUAUCAAAAAGUCCAACCUGUUGUUUUUGGACAAAUUCUUGUUUGUCUUGGAAUUUUAUUAUUUAUUUGCGCUCUAGAAUCACUUUGCCGAACAGCAAACUUAUUAUUAACAAUUUCUGCAUUUAUUGUUUCAAUGUUCUUACCUAUAGGCCAACAUUUAUGCCUUGUUUUAUUAGCGGUUACAUGGCAUAGACUGCCUGUUUUCUCUAUUCUUUGGCUUCCAUGUUUGUUUUGA